AUGGCUGUAUUUGCGCUCAAGACAGCAAGUCGCGCUGUCGUUCGACGAGCCCAUUUCCCUUCCCAUCGCCAACCCACGAACAUCACAAAACGCCACAAUGCCACGCAAAGCAAGCCCGACAUUAACCCCGCGAACGGAAACGGAACUUCUAUUCCAGUUCCUAACACUGUUGCCACGCUGCCAUUAUGGCAGCGGUUAGGACCUCUGUCGAGAGCAUUUCAAGCAUAUGGGAGAAGUCAGAGAAAGAGGCCGUACGCUACACAAUUUUGCAGUUCGCUGGUUAUUUAUUUCCUGGGAGAUCUUUCGGCGCAAAACAUCAACGGAGAUGAAUAUGAUUCCAAGCGGACUCUGCGAGCGUUGAUUAUCAGUAUGGGGUCUUCUAUUCCUAGCUAUAAAUGGUUCAUUUUCCUCGGGAAUAACUUCAAUUAUGCCUCAAAGACGCUCUCACUUGCGACAAAAGUCACCGUGAACCAGAUAUGUUUCACUCCGAUAUUCAACACUUAUUUCUUUAGCAUGCAAUCGCUGCUCUCCGGCGACACACUCCCUGAGGUCUGGGAACGAAUAAAGAGAGCCGUUCCAACGUCCGUGAUCAACAGUUGCAAACUCUGGCCAGCAGUCACAGCAUUCAGCUUCACUUUUAUUGAUGCGCAAUACCGCUCUAUAUUUGCAGGAUUCGUCGCUAUUGGAUGGCAGACAUAUCUUAGCUUUUUGAAUAGAAGGGCUGAGAUGGCGGCGGAAACUGGUGCGCGCAUGGCGACAUCUAGCGAGAGUGGGGGGAAGAAAUCCGAACGAGAAAUCGAAAUACGAUCCCGCGAUGCGCAAAAGAUCGAAGCAUAG